GCACAUCCAACUUCAUUCGUACGAUGAAGCAUUGGUAUGCCUUUGCCAUUGUAGGACUGUGUUUGCUGCUCGAAAGGACGAACUGUGCACCACAGUUUGGAGCUUUCGCGCAGGCAAGCAGUUCUAUGUACGUGGUGAGGGAGCAAUCGGUAGCACGUGUGGCCAAAGUGGAAAUAAAUAAUUACAAUCCCUCCAACCCCAGUAAGGCGAAUGCAAUCAGUUCGAUUACGUCAUUGCGUAAUCAGUUCAGAGUGCAAACCGUUUUUCAAGCUCCAGACCAACAAAUUCAGCGACCUCAAGGAAUAAGGAACCCGCUACCAAAUCAGAAUGCUCAGCCAAACUUGGCACGUGCUCAGCAGACUACGUUCCAACAGAUUAGGCCCACCGCUGGCAGAGUUCAGCAGUUUCAACCAGCCAGGAUAAACGCUCCCCAGAAUCAGGUCAUCACGGAACCGCAGAUAGUGAAGGAGAUUCAACCCUCCAGGACAAAUGUUCCACAGAAUCAGCUCAUCAGACGGCAGCAGAUAGUGCAGCAGUUUCAACCCACAGGGACAAAUGCUGCCCAGGCUCAGCUCAUCAGACGACAGCAGAUAGUGCAGCAGUUUCAACCCACAGGGACAAAUGCUCCCCAGACACAAACCAUCAGGCGACAGCAGAUAGGGCAGCAGCUACAGCCUACUGUGACAAGAGUGCAGCCAGUUCAAGUAACAAGGCGAACGCAAAUAGUGCAACAGGUACUACCGACCGGGACAAACGCUCCCCAAACACAAACCAUCAGGCGACAGCAAGUAGUGCAGCAGGUUCAGCCCACCGUGACAAGAGUGCAGCCAGUUCAAGUAGUAAGACGUAAGCAAGUAGUGCAGCAAGUUCAAUCUACCAGGACAAACGCUCCCCAGACACAAACCAUCAGGCGACAGCAGACCGUGCAGCAGCAGCCCACUGUGACUAGAGUGCAGCCAGUACAAGUGGUAAGGCAGCAACAGCAACCACGGGUAGUAAGCCAGCCACAACCCAUCGCAACAGCACAAUACACACAGGCUCAAACGGUGCAAACCGUACCUGCUCAGUCACAGUACGAGCGUGAGCUGGCCCAGUAUCGCCAGGUUCUGGCUGAAUACCGAGCACAAACAGGAGGAGCAGCACCUCAAGUCUACCAGACCCAAACAGCAGCGCCGCAAGUUUAUCAGGCCCAAACAGCAGCGCCUGUAGUUUACCAACCCCAACCACAAUACGUCCAAACAUACGCACAGCCAGUCCAACAGCAGCCGUACUAUGUGCAGCCGGCCCAGCAGCAGCCAUACUAUCAGCCGACUACCGGCCGAUCCAACACUUCCGGCGGCAGGUCUUCAGGUUUGCUAUCCACUUUCACGAAUGGAUUACGAGCGCUUACUGGUGGAUUGUUUGGUUAAAUGAAUGGAAUGGGGCCACCUAGCACCGGUACCAUCACCAGCGAAGCAGAUCAAUCGAACAAUAGUGUGCUUAUGGUUCAAGCGUGUGGUUCAACAGAUGCUAAGUAUGAUUUAUAGUUCGUGACAUUUCAUUUAAAUUCAAAUUAAUUCAUCACAUGUUAAAUACAAUAAUAGGAAAUAUAAAAAUAUGCUCUCAGAAUGUUACACCCAACAUGAUGCUUUAUUUAUUUUUUGCGCUGUUGGGGGAUUUUCAAAGCAAGCUUUUAGGAAUUUGCUCAUGUCUCUCUAUGUAUAGUUUAGAAUACAAACGAUAAGAUUUAAAUGGAAUAAUAAAU